CCUCCCCCCCUCCCCGGGCUCCGCAUGGUGCACGUCCGGGCCCGGCCGCCGGGGGCGCUGUGCCGUCUCUCCGCCCGCCUCUAAGGGCUCCGCGUGGUGUUUUCCCAGGCCCGGCCAGCAGAGGGCGCUGUGCCAUCGGGGCGGCUCGCCGGAACCUUCGCGCUGCGGAACUUUUGGGCCGCAGUUUCGGGCGGACCCUUUUCUCCGAGCAACCCGGAAGUUCCUUUGGAAGAGGCGGCAAGAUGCCCUCCUGAGCCUCGUCCUAGAAGCACACACCCAAACACCAUGUUUGUGGCUCGAGUGACCUCUCAGCUCACUAGGGCAGUGCCCUGGGCAGGCUCAUGUUUGUCAAGGUUGGGCCCCGCGGGGCCCCCUCGAGUCUUUGGGGCCAGGUGUUGCUUUUACAGCACCUGGCCCACGGGCAGGAACGGGCCCGCCCCCCAGCCCCAGAGACGGCGGGAUCCAGAGCUGGAGGAGAUGCUGGUUCCCAGGAAGAUGUCCAUCAGCCCCCUGGAGAGUUGGCUCACGGCUCGGUACUUGCUCCCCAAGCCUGAGGUCAGCAGCCCUGGCCCCCGCCCCAGGACGGUGAAUCUGACCUUGCUCUACGACUGCCCCCCGAGCGAGGCCGGGGGUGGCGAGGAGCUGGGCGAAGGAGGCCCCUGGAGGGCGCCCAGGGUGCACUGCAAGAACGUGCUGAAGAUCCGCCGCCGCAAGAUGAACCACCACAAGUACCGCAAGCUGGUGAAGAGGACCCGGUUCUUGCGGCGGAAGAUCCGAGAAGGGAGAAGGAAGCGGAAACAGAUCAGGUUCGAGAAGGACCUGAAGCGUUUGUGGAAGAGAGCAGGCUUGAAGCAGGCCCCUGAGGGCUGGCAGUCCCCCAAGAUCUAUGUGAAGAGCACCUGAGCCCCUCCUGAGUGCUGUCUGCUGCAGCGUUUUAAUAAAUGUUAUAGAAAUGGCACCC